GUAAUGCCAGUUAUUACACCCUGUACUGGUUUUUGCUGUUCACACGAUUUAAUUGAGCAGCUUACUGAAUACAGACAUCAUUUACUUAUUUUUCCCUAUAAAUGAUAACAUACCAUUUAGGGGAAAUGCUGCAACUGCUUGCCAUGUAGGGAAGCACCCAUUCACACUAAAUGUCAUCACUUCUAACACCGCUGCAUGUUCCUUGAUAUUAUGAACCAGCUGUUUGUGGGGCAGUUUGCUGUUAAUGCAUAUGGUCUCAUGAAGGAGCAGUUUGAGUCUAUAGUUACCCCUCCUCUCGUGAUGUAUCGUAGGAGCUGAGCUGCUUUUUUCUCACGUGGUGGUUUGACGCUUGCCUUGUACUUGGAGCUGUAUAUUAACUGGGAGCGUGGCGGGGACGAGAGCUCAGAACUCGCUCCCCGUCUCGUGGUGCAGAUUCGGAGCUGUCCAACGGUCAAGGUGCUGCACACGCCCUACUACAUCGGAGCACCUCUGCGUACGCAUGGAGAACCAGAGCUCACCUGGAAGGGGGAAACCAGCACCUCUGUGUUCCUGCAGCGGUGGGGGACUCAACGAAUAAUGAUUCUACUGAGAAAACAAACACUUUUUCUAUGAGGAGACUUUUACACACAGUAGCUACCAUUUGGUAAAGAGGAAGUUUAUCAUCUUCAGCUUACGAAAAGCGGGUACUUUGGUGACUGUGUGAGCUGAUCUCUUUGGUUCGGGGCUAUACUUUGGUCUUCGAGGUUCUGCAAUACUUUACCAUUUCAAAGCAAGAUAUGCCAGAGUGUUGUCAAAAACAAAACAUAGAAUUCACUUGUAGACGAGCUACACAGCCUUAUUUUAAGGUAAGAGGAACUUCAUAAAAACGUAAAACUACACUUGUUUUGAUUUUUAAUGUCGCCACCCUGAUUCUAAAGUGAAGCUGCACGCGUCAAGAAGCAACUACAGUUCAUAAUUAUUGUUUUUGUAUCAAUAAUUGACCUACACGGUCAGCUGAUCUCAAACACUGGCUUUUCCUCAAGCAGAAAUAAGCACAGCCAAUUAAGCCAAUAGUGUACCUUAAGACCAGACAGCAGAUGACUUUUACACACUGGAAACAGCGAAGAGCUGGGCUCCUGCUUUUUUUCUUUGCAUUAAUUUAAACUGCAGGCAUGAACAAUGAAAAAAAACAUUGCUUAAAACGGAAAUGGAGUUCAGUGUAGCUGUUUGAACCACAUAAACAGGAGCUGAGACUCCUCAUGACAUGUACAGUAUCUAAAGGUUAUCUUAGCGCCCGGAGGACGGUUUAAUGUUUAACUUAAAAAGCCAGAUAACAGUAAGAGAGGCACACUCUUCCAUGGGUUGCCAAGACUGUAACGUUACCUCUAAUCGGACUGACCCAGAAGGAGGGCCACCGUAUCCAUUAGAAGCGAAUUUGGCUAUUAUAACUUUGGUGGGGUUCCUUAUUCUUUUCACUGUAUUUGGAAACGUUUUAGUUGUCAUUGCAGUGUUUACCAGUAGGUCACUAAAGGCCCCCCAAAACCUCUUUUUGGUUUCAUUGGCAUCAGCAGACAUUUUAGUGGCCACUCUCGUAAUGCCUUUUUCUUUGGCUAACGAACUGAUGGGUUACUGGUACUUUGGCAAAGUUUGGUGCGAAAUCUACUUGGCCUUAGAUGUCUUCUUUUGCACGUCCUCAAUUGUUCAUUUAUGUGCCAUUAGUUUGGACAGAUACUGGUCCAUCACAAAAGCUGUAGAAUACAACUUAAAGAGAACCCCGAGAAGAAUCAAAUGCAUUAUAUUCAUCGUGUGGGUGAUUGCAGCAGUCAUAUCUUUCCCUCCUCUCAUUUCAAUAGCUAAGGGUGUUAGUGGCCGGGAUGAGAAACCGGUCUGUAAAAUCAAUGAUGAAAAGUGGUACAUUAUCUCCUCCUGCAUUGGUUCUUUCUUUGCUCCCUGCAUCAUUAUGAUCUUAGUAUAUGUUCGAAUCUACCAGAUUGCAAAAAGUCGAACAAAAGUGCCCGCAACUAAAAGGAAAACUGAAGAUGCUCAGAAAAGAGAAAAUGGCUGUACCGAACAGGACCUACAAAAAUUAAAUGGAAAUGGUGCGGGCGCAAAAGUGGAACAAGCUGCGGGUGAAGAAGUGAAUGGGAUAGAUAUGGAAGAGACGUCAUCGUCUGACCACAAUGAAAACAAUCAGUGCCCCCCUAAGAAAAAACAAGAGCGAAUGCCAAGAGGGAAAGGAAAGACGAAGUUAAGUCAAAUUAAACCAGGAGACACUUUGCCCGCAAAACAGGAAGGGCAGACAACAAAAAGUUCAAGGUGGAAAGGCAGACAAAAUAGAGAGAAACGAUUUACUUUUGUUCUGGCAGUGGUAAUUGGAGUCUUUGUCAUUUGUUGGUUCCCGUUCUUUUUCACAUACACAUUAACUGCUGUCUGCCAGACUUGCCAUGUUCCCGAGACUUUGUUUAAAUUCUUUUUUUGGUUUGGUUACUGUAACAGCUCCCUCAAUCCUGUUAUAUAUACUAUCUUUAACCAUGACUUUAGGAGAUCCUUUAAAAGGAUCCUUUGCAGAGGGGACAGGAAAAGGAUUUCGUAACUAGGCACACAUUGUUUAUCUCAUGGUGUCUUGUUUGCAAGCCUGCGAAUGUUUAUUCCAUUGAUUUCCAGUUUGGAGCUGAAAAAUAAAACAAUACAUUGUGCUUACA